AUGAACUCGCUGAACAUCCUGUCCUCGCGAGUCAUCGGCCAGUCUUCCAGCUCAACGCGUCCGCGAUCGCAAUCCCAAGGCGACAAUAGGCGCGCGAGCCCGCCUGGUGAUUUCGGCAAGCUCCGGUCGUACAGCACCGAUAACUUUCGCUCGAGUGUCGCCUCUGAGAAGGGCUACGACGGGACCGCAUCAGUCGACGGAGACGGAGACGGAGACGGAGACGAUGACACGAACUCCCCAGACUCCCUCAACGAGAAGACAACUUUACUGCAUGGAAUUCAGAAGGAUGGUACAGUCAUAACUAGAAGUACUACGUGGCGACUGAUCACCCAUCGGAUCUUUGAUGCGAUCACGGAAACGAUACACUUUAUCCUCUCCACGCUAGCGGCUCCCGGUAUCUACGUGGCUCAAUGCUUCCAAAACGACGACGGACACUAUUCUCUUCUGGCUCCCGUCAGGAAAGUCUGGCGGCGACCAGCUGCCGACUCGAGGAACCGAUCGGAUAAAGGGGCCUCUCGGGUAGAAGGUCGACGGCGAAGUGGCUCCACUCGCAAGCUGAAACCCCAAACCUCUCGAGACUCGAUCAUAUCAACAACUUCAGAAUCAGAUACGGAUAAACGACAUAUCGAAGGUCUCGCCAGUACAAAGGACCGGCAUAGUCGAACCCCAAGCGCUGAACCCGAGCCCUUCCCCGACGCCAACGCGGACGACAAUACACCGCGCCGGUCUAUACGGAUCAAGCUACAUAACGAAGAAGUCUCCAAGCGUCAGAGGCAGCGCAGGACCCAAAGCGCCGAUCUGGGCCAUCCAAUGCCCCAGGGUGUGACCCGUGUCCAGGGCGCCGAUAGUCUCAAGUCUCCCACUUCUUCAUCUGUUCAUCGCAUCACUAAAUACCCACACACCUCUCCUGAUCCGCCGCGGCCUCUCCUACCCCCGCGACUGCCUUCCUACACAGCUGCCCCACGCAAUGCCAGACUUCCGCAGAAGACCCUGGUACUAGACCUCGACGAGACGCUGAUCCACUCACUCGCUAAAGGCGGACGAAUGUCCAGUGGUCAUAUGGUCGAGGUCAAGCUCUCGAUGCCAAUGACAACAGCAUUGACACCGGGUGGACCGCAGACAACACUCGGACCCCAGCACCCGAUCCUGUACUAUGUUCACAAGCGACCACAUUGCGACGAAUUCCUGCGCAAGAUUUCCAAGUGGUACAAGCUGGUCAUCUUCACGGCCAGUGUCCAGGAGUAUGCUGAUCCAGUCAUCGACUGGCUCGAGCAGGAGCGCAAGUACUUCCAGGCACGCUACUACCGGCAGCACUGCACAUUCCGCCAAGGCGCGUACAUCAAAGACCUCAGCUCUGUGGAGCCGGACCUGAGCAAGGUGAUGAUUUUGGACAACAGCCCGAUGAGCUAUAUCUUCCACGAGGAUAAUGCCGUUCCUAUCGAGGGCUGGAUCAACGACCCCACGGAUAACGGCCUUCUACAUCUAAUUCCCAUGUUCGAGGCACUGCAGUACGUCACCGAUGUACGGGCAUUACUGGCGCUACGUCGCGGCGAGGGCGAGGCAUGA